CCUCUCCCAAUUCUCCUUUUUUUUUUGUUUCCCCACCAAAUUAAAAGAAAAUGUUGUCGAGCAAAAACGUAGUAGAGGCUUGGAACACCACCAACACUAUAACGCAAACGCAAACGCCACACAGACCGUCACUGUUACACCCCACUUUUUAUUGGGGUUACAACUGCCAAGUGCUCUUCUCAGGAUGGCCUGGUUCUGACCGUGGGAUGUAUGCACUCGCACUUAUCUUCGUUUUCUUUUUGGCGUUCUUGGCUGAGUGGCUAGCUUGGUGCUCUGACGCAGACUCUAUCAAACCGGGUGCUGAUAAGCUUGCUAAAGUUGCUUUCCGUACGGCUAUGUUUGCUGUUAAGUCCGGGUUUAGCUACCUUGUGAUUCUUGCUGUUGUUUCGUUCAAUGGUGGCGUUUUCCUAGCCGCGAUUUUUGGGCAUGCUCUUGGCUUCGCCGUUUUUCGUGGACGGGCGUUUCGGAAUGUGGGUCGAGUCGACAGGUAGGAAUCGUGAAUAUAUAUCAGUAUCUGCAUGGUUUAAUACCGAACUAAACGAGAAUGGAACUUGUUUGGUUUAUGGUGUGAUUUGUCAUUUGUGUGUGUUCAUUGACAUGUAAAAAAAUGAGAGAAUUGUUUUGUGAUUCGUACGUUACAUUUGGUAAGUGAAGUAA